AUGCUGCUCAGCCGAGUAUCGGCAGCUCAAGCAUCAGUGCGGUCCACUGCGAAGGAAUGCAUAACCCUCGAGGUACCAAUCCCAGUCAGCGCAACGAAUUACUACAUUGACCUGCCCCGUAUCGAUAACAAUAUCGAUGCUGUGGACUGCGUCUGGAAUCUCACCACAUGGUCACACGGCGCUGACACCACCCGCAUCACCGGACCCCACCCCGUCAAUGGUACUUUCACUAUAAACGCGCAGUUGUGUGUGCCGCCACAAGGGAAGAAGCUAGAGAUCCUGCAACUCGCGACGCAUGGGAUCGGCUUUGACAUGAGAUACUGGGACGUCCAGAUGAACCCGGAAGAGUACUCUUAUGUCAACUCGGCUCUAAGUUACGGCUAUUCCAUCCUCACUUACGACCGCCUCGGCACUGGAAAAUCCUCCAAACCGGACGCCUACGACGUGUUGCAAGCCGGCGUGGAGAUUGAAAUCGUCCGUGGCCUGACAGAACUCGUACGCGCUGGAAAGCUUAUCUCGUCCUCCAAGAUUGUAAACACAACAGGCAAUGGAACCACGGCCCUUGAUGACUAUACACCCAGCAAGGUUGUGCACGUUGGGCAUUCAUACGGCUCCUUCAUGACCUCUGGCCUGUUGUCUAAUUAUGGAAACCUAAGCGACGGUGCCAUUCUGACUGGCUUCCUGAUCAGCCCUCACCUAUUGAAGGAAGUGACACCUGCGACGUUCGGGUUCGAAUUUGCCCCCGAAAGCGACCCUGCUCGCUUCGCCGACUUUCUGUCUGGAUACGUCGUACAAAAGACGGAGAGCAACAUACAGCAGAUAUUUCUCAAGAAAGGCAGCUUCGAACCUGAGAUGCUGAGCUAUGCUGAGGAGAUCAAACAGCCAGCCGUUGUUGCUGAGCUCGUUUCGGGUGCGCAAGUGCUUGCUCAGCCUGCUGUGAACUUCAGCGGCCCCCUUCAAAUUUUCGUCGGCGAGUUCGAUUACCCAAACUGCGAUGGAGACUGUAAUGGUGUAUGGUCAAUUCAGAACAUCAGUGCCGUUUAUCCCGCCGCGUCAAACAUCUCGGUGUAUCUGCAGCCCGGCACAGGUCAUGGUUUGACGAUGUCGACAAAUGCUACAGCCGGUUACGAGGUCAUGUUCUCAUACCUCGACUCCCACGGCUUGUGA